CACUUGUAUAUAUUUCAGAACACAAUCACUUCUCGCUAUGUUUCAAAUCUUUUAGUAAAUUAAAUUAAAUCUUCUAGUUCUCCCUAUUCUAUCAACUCUUAAAAUGCCUCUCAUCCGUUCAGCAAGUUUUAAUCUUUUCGUUGAGAUAGUAAUUCGAAUUGGCCUUCUUUCUUUAUUCUGCUAUAUGGAAACGAUGCCACCGUUUGUCAGAGUAAUAUUACCAUCAGAGUUGGAGAAUGACUGCAAAUAUCCGAGAAGAGAGUCAUAUGUACCUGGUGGUGCCCUUUGGGCUAUAGUCCUGUCUGUACCUUGUCUCCUAUCUCUGCUCGCGUGGGGAGCAUGCAAUGAUUGUAAUGAUGCUUUCGAAAUUCUUCUCGCGUGGUCUCUCGCUCUUGGCAUCAAUGGAGUACUAACUGAUACUAUGAAACUGAUAGUUGGUCGUCCUCGUCCAGAUUUCUUCUAUCGUUGUUUCCCUGAUGGUGUGGAGACAUCAGAUUUACAGUGCACCGGAGACCCUGUGGAUAUAAUGGAGGGCAGGAAAUCUUUUCCUAGCGGGCAUAGUAGCUUAUCGUUCUGUUCUCUGGGUACGUGUGCGCUGUGGGUGUGUGGGCGGCUGGGCGCGCUGCGCGGCCGCAGGGGCUCCGCCGCGCGCGCCCUUGCCUGCCUCGCGCCGCUAGUGAUCGCGUUAUGUGUCGCACUGUCCCGUUCCUGCGACUACCAUCAUCACUGGCAAGAUAUCCUCGUGGGAUCUACGUUGGGUUUUACAGUAGCUAGCUUCUGCUACCGGCAAUAUUAUAAUCCAUUAAGCUCCGAGCUAUCGGGUGUCCCAUACGUAGUGUCAGAUGCCAACCUAGUCAGGUUCAACGGCAAACCCGACAGUCCGUCUAAAGAUCUUAAAGAUAUAGAAUCGACGCCAUUAUUGAAUGGUAAGAAAGAGGAUAAAUGGAUAUGAAAGGAUUAUAAAAAACAGAACGACAAACUUGUCUGACCCGGUGAGAACGACUGUGUGAAAAUGUGGCAGUUGGUUUUGUGAACUUAAAGUCCAGGAAGCGUCAUAUUAUGAACAAUCAGGAAAUAGUAACAGCAAGAGGCAAUGUCACCUCUUCAUAAUUUCUAUAAAAGAGUAUCUAAUUUUUUUUUCGUAAUGGGUGAAAUUCGAAAAAAAAUGGUAAUUUUUUGCUCUCUCUUAACUCUAAAAGCAGAGGCGCCUCUGUUAAUAUCAAAAAAAUGCUAUAAAAUACGUGUACAAAACUGUUUAAGGCAUAAAUGUAUGAGAAAAGGCGCUAAAGGUGUCCAAAUUUCUUUCGACAAGACCCUGUAUGGGAAGAUAUCCUUGUUGAUGUUAAAAUCUACAUAGGCGUAAAAAAUUACGCAAAACAAGGGAUUUUGCGGCGUUUUGUAACAUAACUUUAACCCCUACCGGGUCAGAUAAGUUAGUUAAGUUAUGUAAACGUAUAUUGACGUAAAAAAACAGGAAUAUAAUUUUAAAAAAUCUUCAAUAUUUUUACAAAGAAAAAACUAUAAUAAAAAAGGCAUAAUAUAUGAACAAUGUAACUUUUAAGGGAGAAUCUAAAAAGUAAAAAAACAUACAUUUUUUAAGA